AUGCCCCUUUCCCAUGGUGUGGGUAUGGGAAUGGCUAUGCUUUUAUCGCCUUUGAAACCACUGGCCUUCUCCUCCUGUGCAUUCUCUCAGGACCCAUCAACAUCAUCAUCAUCAUAUCGACCUGCUGUUGUUCUUCCAGGUUUGGGGAACAAUUCAGCUGACUACCAGAAGUUGGAGCUUACUUUGAGCGAGUAUGGAGUGGCCACAGUAGUUGCUAAGGUGUCAAGACUUGAUUGGCUGAGGAAUGCCGCCGGUUUGGUUGACCCAAAUUACUGGCGGGGAACUCUCAGUCCUCGCCCUGUACUUGAUUGGUAUUUGAAGAGGGUGGAUGAGGCCGUACAAGAGGCAAAGGAGCUGGCACAAGGUGGGAAAUUAUCCCUGAUUGGACACUCAGCAGGAGGAUGGCUUGCACGUCUCUACAUUGAAGAAUUUGGGCUGUCCGAUAUAUCCUUGUUGUUGACUCUUGGAACCCCCCACCUGCCACCACCAAAAGGUGUGUCAGGGGUUAUUGAUCAAACAAGAGGUCUCCUGGAUUACGUUGAUAAGAAUUGCUCAAAAGCUGUUUACACUCCUGAAGUGAAAUAUGUAUGUAUAGCAGGGAGGUAUCUCCAAGGUGCUCGUUUGUUUGGGAACUCAAGUGAAAGUAUUGAUUCUGCACUUCCAAUAGCGAGUGUAGAACCUUCAUCAGAGGUUGCUGUCAUAAAUGAUAUGAGCACUUCAACAUCAACCACAACCACUUUGCGUGCGCGCUUUGUUGGGCAAGGGUACAAACAGGUUUGUGGGCAGGCAGAUGUUUGGGGAGAUGGGGUUGUACCAGAAGUAUCAGCCCAUCUUGAGGGUGCACUCAAUAUUAGCUUAGAUGGUGUUUACCACUCACCAGUUGGUUCAGAUGAUAUCUUGAGACCAUGGUAUGGGUCUCCUGCUAUUCUAGAGCAAUGGAUACAUCACCUCCUUACUUAA